GUCCAACGCAAAUCAUGCAUGAUUCAUGGGGGGCUCUUUUGUUAGGGAGGCUCAUUUUGAUCCCAUCUGCUUCCCUCUUAUUAAUUCAUCGAAGUAGCUAGCAAUAGUCAGCCGCUGCUGAGCCCUCUGACUAGUCCCUGUAUGUCGAGGAGGAGUCACGAUGUUCAGGCCGGCACAGCGCAUACUGCACGCUUUCUCGAGAAAAGCAGCAGUCAAUGCAGUGCCCCCUGGCGGCCAAGCGGAGCCUCAGUCGGCCUCUCGGGCUGCAGCGCCAAGCAGCUCGUCCGCCAGCGGCGCACUCGCGGCGCAAAUACUCUCGGGCACCAAUGAUAGCAAGCUUGCCCCGUUUUUGAGUGGAUAUGCGCCAGAGUCUUCACCCGAGGAGGGAGGCCUGCAGUUUUACUUGGAUGACGAGCUGGCGCCAUGCCCGGUCGUGGACACGACGCCGAAGGCCAUGUUCGCCCGAGCCGUCCACGUGCCGUGGUCGGCGCCUGGCGUCGCGCAGGCUGGCCCGGGCGCCCAAUUGGAGCGUACCGUCCGGCGCCUCCUGACAGAGCUGGCGCUUUCACAGACGCCCCAGGCCGCUGCCACCGCCGCCGCCGACAGCACCCGCAGCACCGCUGGCGGGCCUGCCGCCGGCGCGCCGACACCAGCAGCGGCCAUGCAGGACCUGGGCGCGCUGUCGGAGCGGCUGCGGCAGGCGGGCCUGCGGGUGGUGGUCACGUCGCCCGCACGGCCGCGCGCCAACUCGCCGCUCACCACACGCUCCAUAUCGUCGCCCUUCCUGCUGGUCAUCCGCCAAACUGGCGACACCAUUAGCUCAGGCGAGCCGCCUUCCUUCGCCACCUGCUCAGACGGCGAGGCGCUCGGUGGCGGCCGCGGGCACCACCACCACCACCACCGCCACCACCACCAUCGCCACCACCACACCGCCACGGGCCUUGACGAGCCGCGCAGCGGCAACGGCCACCCCCUCAACAGCACCACCGGCUGCGCCGGCGAUGCCAGCACGGGCGCGCGGGUGCACCGGGGCCGCUCUGCCGCCGGCGAGGUGGAGGUGGUGGUGGUGGACGUGGCGCUGCGAGAACACCUGGCGGUGGCGCCCUCCACGCCCGCCUACGAGCGCACGCUGGCGGCCGCAGUGCCCGAGAUGUUCAUAGGCAGUCUGUCCCGGCUGAGCGAGCUGGUUCGCUCCAUGGCCUCAGCCAUCCAGCUCAACUUCAGCAGCCAGGGCGUGUGCGUGCCGCCCUGGCGCCGCACACAGGCGCUGCUCAGCCGCUGGAGCGUCGCCGAGGACAUUGAGCGGCAGGUCAGGCUGCAGCAGCGCACCGGCGGCGGCCCCAUGGUAGAUGUGGAGGCACUUGCCGCCGCGAGCGCGGUGGCGGCGGCCGGAACGUCACGGCAGCACCUGGGGCACGGCGGCGGAGGCCUGGCGGCGCCUCCGGCGCCGCUGGCGGCGCAGCCGCCGCUGCCGCUGCACCCGCUGCUACUGCCGCUGCAGCAGCAGCAGCUGGGCCUGGAGACUGAGGCCGCAGCCGCCACUGCUGCAACCAACUCAGGCGCGGGCGGCGCGCACCGGCCGCCGCCGGCGGCGCCCGCGGACCUGCCUUGGGCGUGGCAGCUGCGGCUGCAGGCGCCGCAGCCCGCGGAGCGGCGUCACGAGCUGGAUGCGGCCAUGGCGGCGGCGGUGGCGGCGGCGGGCGCCGCCGGCGCGGCGGAGCCGCUGCCUGAGGGCCAGGUGCAUGGCGGCUUCAGCGCCGCCGGCCGGCAGGCCGCCAACCGCCCCGCCAUGGUGGUGCUUGGCUUCGUGGUGCCCAGUGCAGUGGAGAGAGAGGAGCAGGCCGCGGCGGCGGCGGCCGCAGCGGCCUCGACCUCGGUAGGCCGGCUGGACUGCGCCGGCCGGCCGGUGCCGCCCCGCGCGCGCGACGCGUGGGGCGCGGAGAUGCGCUCCUCCGAUGGCAUAUACGGGCGCGCCAGCAGCGCCGCCGCCAGCGGCGCCGGCAGCACCAGCACCAUCAGCAGCACCAGCGGCAGCACUGACUGCGAGGAGGCGAGUGGCGCUCGGUCACCCACGAGCGUCUUCCGGGACCACCGGCCUGCGGUCGCCAGCCCCGGCAAGGUGGCUACAGCUGCGGUGGCUGUCAUGUCGACGGCGGGCGCCUUUGGGACGCUGCAGGGUUUCACAGCGGGCCUGGCUCUGUGAGGGAAGGACAGGUUUAUUGCAACCAGCGCAGGCUGCAGCUGCUGCUUUCGGGCAGUGAGGGUGGGGCGGCCGUGGCAGCAAUGGAUGCCAUGGAAUUCUUUUUGGCGGCAGCGGUGCUCAUGCAUCGGGAACAUUUAUCUUGUGCACAUGGAGCGGGCAAGGCUUGUGUCCAUGCCUGUUUGUAGGGGCGCUGGACGCCCUAGCAUCGGGCUUUGGGACCCGGACGCCGUUUUGAUGGUGUGGCACCUUCAUAAGGAUGACCGCCUUGCAGAGGCAUGGACUUAGGGGCACUGGGAGGCGGCAAAUGACGCAUUGCAGCAGGAAGGUCGGCGCGUGGGGCGCGCGAGCGCGCGGUGACGUACGUACACUAGUAUGGUUGAUGUGGAGCCCACUUAACGACCCGUAAAGGUGGUGGUGUGGCGGAAUUAACAGCUAGUGGUGAUUUUGUUAUGGCCAUCUUGGAGGGAUUCUUCCCGAUCGGUUGGCGGGAUCCGAGAAGGACGCGGCCGCGCGGGUGCCGGCUCGAAAUGUCUUCGGGCAGAAAGGCUAUGGGUCGCUGAGGCAAACAUCGCCCAUUUCUGGUUACAGGAUGGGACGUUUGCUACCCCAGAUGGUUGACAGCAAUGACGGUGGCGGUGCAUACGCUUCGGGGUUUCAUUAAUGAGAUCCCCUCAGUUUGAAGGAAGCAGUGCGGAAUCAUGGUGUUUGUCGGGCUCAGACUCCGGUGUUUGAUUGCAUCGAGGACUGCUGCAAGCCCCCGGGGUGUUGGUGGCAUUGCCACCUUGUUUGGCUGGUGUGCUUUUGUUGACGGAAUGGUGUUGAAAAGGUUGUGUAUGCACCAGGACCAAUGGUUUGUGUUGGUCUGUUGUUUGCUGGCACACGUUUCAUUUUGUGGAACGUGCGGCACGGCUUCCGAUUGCAACAUGAAGCAGGCAAAUCGAAGACACACAUAUUGCAAGUAGCAGUUGAGGUGUCGUGUGGUGCUCGUGUUCAUGCGGGCUGGGCACUGGCAGGGGCACAGAGGCCAUACUAAUCAAAGCUGUGAGCGCACAGCGGUGGGCUUGCGGUAAUGGCGGCCACCUGUUGUUGCCGCAUGGCGAUGGGCAAAAACCCCUGAAGUUUUGGAAGUAAAUUGUGUGUUCGGUUGUCGGGCCAGCAGGAUGCGCUGGCCGCAAAAAAUCAAACAGUUUUGUGUUUGUGUUGCACGCCCAGUGCACGUUUACGUUUUUGUUGAUGAUUGGUGGUUGGUUCCUAUUGCAUGUAAAUAGGUGGCAGGGAAAAUUCGGGCGGAGCGAGAAGUGCCUUCGCACGUCCAUGGACAAUUGACUUUCGCGAGGUUGCCCGAAAAGCAAGCCAUGUUAGCUGCGGGUUAGCACGGACUGUGCACCCCACCCAACCGGCCAUGUCCGGAUUUGCGGGGAUGCCAAAGGCCCCCAACAUAGAGGCGUGUGCUUAGUAGGCGCCCGCGUCAAGGUGGCUGGGUUGAUAACGACCCGGGAUCAGCCCUUUUCCUGCCAUAAGGCAGCCACCUCCUUGUUGUUGAUGGUUGUACUAAUGGGAGAUGGCUGCCCCGAACAACAACCAACCCCUGCCCUGGCGGCCGGCGGUGAAGGAGACGGUUGCGAAGAAUUCCUAAUACUACGUAGGCCGUGUGGCACAAUCCGCGGCAGAAGGCUGCCAGGCUAAGUCCUGAGCGUGCUCUGCACAGUUUUCCGCGACGGUUUUGGCGUGGGGAAAGGGAUACGCUCGACUGGAGGUAUCUAGAGGUUGCCGGUGAGCUGACAGGCCAGGAGACAGAGCGGGGAGGUAGAUGGGGAAACCAGAAGAAGAAUGGAGGAUUUGGGUACGUACACACAUCGAGGACUGCAGAGAUUGGAGAUGGAUGGGCAGGCCUAGGGCCUCGAUGAGUGGCGUGUGCGGUGACAAGCGGUGACGUCUGUGGUCCCACGAGUCAGUGCUGGAGAUGAGCGGCGGUGCUGCUGAGAGGAGGCUGGCUGAGGAGAGGAGGGUGCUCGUCGAGGCACUUGAGAUACGGGACAGCAGGGGAGCCUGGAGCAUGGAUGGACAACAUGAGGGUGCGGCAUGAGCGCAUGGCGGUCGAGCGGCAUUGUGUGCCGUGCUGUGUGUAAGGCGCAUGUGGC